GGUGUUAUCAGAGAGGGAGCUGCAGAUUCUAGCUCUUUGUAUUGUAGCUUACGAGAAACGUAAGCAGCCGAGAAGGAAGAAAAAGGUUUGGAUGAAGGAAUGGCUAGCAAAAAGAGAAGUACUAUCACACACAAACCUGUUGUCACAUUUAGUAUGGGAGCCUCAUGAUUUCUUUAACUAUCUACGAAUGGAUGACUCUACAUUUCGUAAGCUUCUAGACCUUGUGGCACCACAUAUACAGAGGAAAGACACUUGCAUGAGAUCUGCUAUAUCACCAAGGGAUAGACUUGCUGUAACUCUCCGGUAUUUAGCAACAGGAAGGUCUUACGAAGACCUGAAAUUCAGCGUAGCAAUAUCACCACAAGUUUUGGGACGCAUAAUUCCAGAAACAUGCGAAGUUAUAUGGAAGGUAUUAAGGAAAGAAUAUAUGAAGUUCCCACAUUCGAAGGAGGAAUGGUGCCAGAUUGGUCAAGACUUCGAAGAAAUGUGGCAGUUCCCUAAUUGCCUGGGCGCUGUAGACGGGAAACAUGUAGCAAUUGUUCCUCCCCCUAAUUCAGGAUCUUUCUUUUACAAUUACAAAGGAUUUCACAGCAUGGUUCUCAUGGCAGUCGUUAGCGCAAAUUAUGAAUUUAUAUUGUGUGACUUUGGCACUAAUGGGAGAAUUUCGGACGGUGGUGUAAUUGAGAACACACAGUUUGGGGAGAAGUUAGCCAACAACACACUGAAUAUACCAGAUCCCGUAAUAAUUAGAUCCUCAAAUCGGACCUUGCCUUUUGUAUUUGUGGGUGAUGACGCAUUUGCAAUGAGACCAAAUUUUCUGAAGCCAUUUAGUCACACAACAGGAAAGAAGGAGGAACAAGUAUUCAAUUAUAGAUUGUCUCGUACCCGCCGCGUUGUGGAGAGUACAUUCGGAAUAUUAGCCUCUAAAUUCCGCAUAUUCCAUUCCCCCAUAAAUCUCGAUGCAGAGAAUGCAGUUUCUGUGGUCAAGGCUUGCUGUAUGUUGCACAACUUUCUUCGGCGAGAGAGGGGUAACCGUAAUAACAGGGCCUGCAACAUCCUUUCUGAUACCCAGCUAAAAGAAGAAAUGGAAAAGGCAUUCACCCCAUUAGCUAACACAUUACCUAUGAGGCAAAGGAAGUACGUAACUUGUAUUUGGAGUACUUUAAUCAGGAGGGUAGGGUUGAUUGGUUGAAUGAUAAGAUGUAAUGAUGAGUCAUUGUGCAGGCUAAAUAUCCACAUACGUGGUUAACUCUUAUCACUUAAUGUUUAUUACUGCUUAUGUCAAUCUAUAUCCCAACAGUAGGAGAUUUUUGUACCAUUGGAAUGUGUGAGGGUUAUGUAAGAAAAUACAUUUAUAUGUAUUACAGGCAAUUAUGAAAUAAAGGUGUGCAUUUAUAUUCAGUAUAAUGAAUUAUUACCUAUAUUUACUGAGUAUUAUUCCUUUCACGCUCAGGUGACAUAAUUCAUUUUUCAGGUUAUUAUUAGAAUAUUUUAUUCAGAUUAGGAAAUGUAUAUGGAUGACAAAGGGAAGAUUGCGCAAGUCUUUACACUUUUAAGUUUUUUUAUAUUCGUCUAGAGCUCUAUACAAUAGUUUGAUGAUUCCAA